AGACUGAGGGGAGCCCCGCCUGUCCAGUCACACCGGCAGCUAGGCUGCGGCGGCGGCAGCUUCUACAGGGCACAUAACGUCCCGGAAGGAGACCAGGGACAGACAGCUGUGACCAUGGCCGUGCUUUAUGCAUAUACACGUCUUUCACAGUAGAGCAACCAUGGAUCUCAAGACGGCAGUUUUUAAUGCUGCUCGUGAUGGCAAGCUGCGCCUUCUUUCCAAGCUGCUGGAAAACAAGGCCAAAGAUGAAGUUGUGAUGCUAAUGGCAGAGAAAACCAAUGGGGCCACACCACUUUUAAUGGCGGCUCGAUAUGGCCACCUGGAUAUGGUGGAUUACCUGCUGGAUCAGUGCAGUGCCUCUGUGGAAAUUGGGGGAUCUGUCAAUUUUGAUGGGGAGACCAUAGAAGGUGCACCCCCUCUCUGGGCAGCGUCUGCAGCGGGUCACCUGAAAGUUGUGCAGUCGCUUCUGGACCACGGUGCUUCUGUGAACAACACAACCCUUACUAAUUCUACUCCUUUAAGAGCCGCCUGCUUUGAUGGGCAUCUGGAGAUUGUGAAGUAUUUGGUAGAGCACAAAGCUGACUUGGAAGUGGCCAACCGUCAUGGUCACACAUGUCUGAUGAUCUCCUGCUACAAAGGUCACAAAGAGAUUGCUCAAUUCCUACUCGAAAAAGGAGCUGAUGUUAAUAGGAAGAGUGUGAAAGGAAAUACCGCCUUGCAUGAUUGUGCUGAAUCAGGAAGCUUGGAAAUAAUGAAAAUGCUUCUGAAAUACGGAGCUCGGAUGGAAAAAGAUGGGUAUGGAAUGACGCCACUGCUUUCCGCCAGCGUGACCGGCCACACAAAUAUUGUUGAUUUUCUUACCCUACACCCACAGACCAGUAAAACUGAGCGCAUCAAUGCUCUUGAGCUCCUUGGAGCUACAUUUGUUGACAAAAAGCGGGACCUUCUUGGUGCCUUAAAGUAUUGGAAGAGAGCUAUGGAUAUGAGGUACAGUGAUAGGACUAAUGUCAUCAGUAAGCCUGUGCCGCAGGCACUAAUAAUGGCUUAUGACUAUGCUAAGGAGGUUAAUACUGCUGAAGAAUUGGACAACCUUAUUGCUGACCCUGAUGAGAUGAGGAUGCAAGCGCUUUUGAUAAGGGAGCGAAUCUUGGGUCCAUCACAUCCAGAUACCUCCUAUUAUAUCCGGUACCGAGGUGCAGUUUAUGCAGACUCUGGGAAUUUCAAGCGUUGCAUUAAUUUAUGGAAGUAUGCCUUGGAGAUGCAGCAGAACAACUUGGAUCCUUUAAGUCCCAUGACCGCUAGUAGUUUGCUAUCUUUUGCUGAGCUGUUUUCCUUCAUGCUUCAGGACAGAGCCAAAGGCUUGUUUGACACUACAGUAACUUUUGACGACCUUAUGGGUGUUCUGUGCAAAAGCGUUUUAGAGAUAGACAGAGCAGUCAGACCUGUAACCACGCCGCCUGACCAAAUCCAGUUAAACAAGGCCCUUUCUAUUAUUUUGCACUUGAUCUGUUUGCUGGAGAAGGUACCCUGCAGCGCAGAGCAAGAGCACUUGAAAAAACAGAAUAUCUAUAGGUUCCUUAAGCUGCAUCCCAAAGGAAAAAACAGCUUUAGCCCUCUGCACCUGGCUGUAGACAAAAACACCACUUGUGUUGGCCGCUACCCUGUUUGCAAAUUUCCCUCUCUUCAGGUGACCGCCAUUUUGUUGGAAUGUGGCGCCGACGUUAACGUCAGAGACUCCGAAGAGAACAGCCCCCUACACAUCGCAGCACUCAACAAUCAUCCGGAUAUCAUGAAUCUGCUUGUAAAGUCCGGGGCACACUUUGACUCUACGAACGUGCACAACCAAACUGCCUGUGACUUGCUGGACGAGAAGGAAAUGGCCAAGAACUUGAUCCAGCCCAUCAAUCAUACCACCCUGCAGUGUCUGGCGGCACGCGUGAUUGUCAAACACAAUCUACAAUACAGAAAGCAAAUCCCUGAGAAGCUGGAAUGCUUUGUGCUGCUUCAUAGAUGACGCUUCUGUGGGACUUCUGGGAGUAAUGUGUCUAAUCUCGUUCCAUCAGCGGUGAAAGGAUUGGUUGACCUGUAUGAAAAUUUGAUAAAUGAAAUAUUUUUUAUUUUUUUUUGUCCUCCACAAUUUGAAACUUCAGCACCUUGACCUGUAAAAUCUGCCAGAUUCUGUUACCAUUUGGUUUCUUUUCUGUGGCUUUUUUUCAUCCUUUGGCCAUGCUGAUUUAGUGGAUUUUUUCAUUUUAUUUUUUUUCCUUUUAUACAUGUCUAAGGUGUGUGCUUUUUCUUUUUUCUGCUCUUGUAAUCGCCAGACCUUUCACUUCCAGUGCGUGGAUGGGUAUCUCUCUUUCUAUGGACCAUUUGCUAAGUUGUAAAAGCUUUAUGAACAUGUUAAUGUUUGCAAUUACCAUAAGUGCUUUAUCUCCUCUAUGCACUGGCUUAGACAUGACUGUUGUGUGUAUUGGCAUACUUCUAUGCAGCAUUUUGCCAGCCCAAUUAAAACCCGAUUCGCAGUUGGUUGAAAUUUCUACUCUGCACUAAGCAGCAUGGCUAUUUUUAUUGGAUUUCUUGCUAUAUUUCUGACGGCAAAAACAUCUUUCAAUAUUGCUUUUUCUUUAUCUGAUGUGACUGGCGAUCUCUAUAGGUUGAGAAUAUUCUGCCUUGUUAAGUCCUUAGAAUUAAAUUUAACACUUAACAUGCUUGUGCAGAAGGCCUGGUAUUCCUUUAUUGCUUUCACCUAGUAUUUUGCUUUUAAAGGGACAUUAUCGUACCAGUUUUUUUAGGCUCCUCGCUCUAGGCGUGAUCCUGUAUAAAAUAGGCUGAAAUGACCAUAUUAUUUUUGUCCGCGGUCUCGCUGACGAUUUACGAAAGCGGUGAUUUUAAGCUAGUGACGAAAUAGAGAAGGAUAGCUAGUAAGACUGAUGAGAAAAAGCUAGUUCAACCACCAUGUGUUUAAAAAUUACCAAUGGAUUGCAUUUUUAAGGACAUGAUGGGUACUUUUUUUGGGCGGUGGGAGUCCCUUUAAAUUAAAUGUGCAGGAAAUGCAGAGAUGGUUGCCCAUGUGGCAUGCUGCAUAAUACAUAGGGAGAGUGUUCAGAAAAGGGUAGGAAGUCAGUUUGCCAGGGCUUGAGAUAUAUCUAAUUAGCAUUAAUAUCCUUUCUGUUUUCAAGUAAGCCUUUCCCGCACGCCUUGGCAUGGCUUUUUCAUGGGCUUCAGGCCUUUUUUGAAGAAGUUUUCAUAACUUUAGAUUUGCAGUCCAUAAAGUUGUUGGUUUGUCACAUUCACCCGUUAUACCCUCCUAUUUUUUCCCCCUAUAUUAAGAAGGGCUUGAUGUGGUCAUAAGGAGUGUAGAGCGCACAAACAAGAUUCAGGUGAUUAACAGCACUUUAUUGUUCCGGAAUAACCUUUAUAUUGGCCCUGCAAAUGUCUUACAAUAAAAACUAUUCAAUGAACAUGUGGAUUGCUUGAAAAAAAUACUGAACUGACUUUGGAUUGUUUUUUUUGUUUUUUUUUUUGUUUUUUUUUUAUACAUACUCAUGUAAGAUUCAUUCAAUUUAGUAAAGAGAAUGUGCACCUUUUAGUACAUAUUUCUACCUAAUGCUGUGACAGGAAGGGCAAGAAAAUAAUAGCUAGAGAGUUUAGAGUUUGUCUGAUUUCGGUAAAUGGCAUCUAUUAUGUA